AUGAAUUUAAAAAUAUUGGUAGCGCGGGCGCGGGUGCGGGUGCCGGCAUGUGCGGGGAAUGGAGGGCGGAUGGUCUCCCUCUUCUGCGUCGCCGCCGCCGCCGCCCCGCGCCGCGCCCCGCUGCAUCUGCCGCUGCGCCGCCCGGCCGCGCGUCCACCCCUCCGCUACAACUGUCUACCACACUAUGAUGGGUGGCCAGACCUUGAAGACGAGUCGACAGGUGGAGCCCUCCGAGAACGCGAGCUCCGUUCACUUCAUCGCACUGUGCCAGCGCUACGGAGAAGGGAACUCGACACGCGUGCCAUCAAACACCACUUCUACCCGGAAGGAGGAUGGGGGUGGAUCGUGUGUGGAGCAGCUUUCUUGGCCCACUUGCUGUCGACUGGUCUUCAGUUAGCGUACGGAGCGCUGCACGUCUACGCUUUACGUCACCUGGGACCAGCUGCUGACCACGCAGUUUGGGCAGGUGCGCUCUGCGUAGGAGUGUCACGUGCCGCCGGAGCCAUAGUUACCGCUCGUCGAAGGUCGCCACGGUUGGCAGGACUGCUGGGUGGCAUUUUGCUUCCACUGGCCUGUCUCUUCACGUCAUUCGCCACGCAGCUCCAUCAAACACUUUUAAGUUACGGUAUAGUCUUAGGUAUCGGAUGUGGCUUAGUCCGGGAAGCGGCAGGCCUAGUCUUGGGGACAUACUUUAGAAAACGAAGGCAGUUUGUUGAAUUGGUGGCUCACGCAGGGGGAGGGGUGGGCAUUGCUCUAUUCAGCGUCGCCUAUAAGGAGGCUGUUGGUAAACUAGGCUGGAGACUAGGUCUACAGGCAAUCACAGGAUUCCUAAUAUUAGCCUUCUUCCUGAGUACUGUGUACCGAAGUGCUUCACUCUAUCAUCCGCAACGAAGGGCCAUUAUGCAUCUCAAAAACCAACGGAAAAAGGUAAAAGAGAAAGUCCUGAAAAAGGCUCAGUUCAUAGAUCUGAGUCCGCUUCAAUCCCGUCCCGCGAAAGUUUUGCUAUUAUCAGCCGGCUUGGCGGCAUUUGGUCUAUAUACGCCCGUAUUUUUCCUGGCUCUCCAGGGCUUCCAAGAGGGAUUAGAGGAGAGUGCGCUAGUAUUAUUGCAGACAUUUCUUGGCUUCGCCGCUGUACUUGGCUGUGCGGGCUUUGGGCUCGUACUCGUCAGACCUUCUACGCAGUGCCUUGUUUCCAAGCAAUAUCUAUGUCAGUCGGCCAUGUUAGGAAUAGGAAUAUCAAUGCUGGCUCUAAGCAGCGUCGAAGGUUAUCACGGCUACGUAUUAUUCGCGUGGAUGUACGGACUCUGUUUGGGAGGGUUCCUUUAUUCCAUGAAAAUGCUCACAAUGGAGCGAGUUAGAGGUCGGCACUUCACCAAAGUUUGGAGUUUCGUUCAGGGCGCGGAGGCGAUUCCGGUAAUCGUCGGAGUGCCCGUGACGGGUUAUAUAAACCAGCAAGUGCCUCGCGCUGGAUUUUACUUUUCCACAGCUUCGACUUUAUUAGGAGCUAUUUUGUUGUUUUUCGUUGGGUUUUCUAAGCGGGAGCCUGAACCGCCCUUGGCCCCGGCGGUUUCUGAGGCUUGUCUUUGUCUGACCCCGCCUCGCUGUGAACCAGCUUGGUGCGCUUGUAGCGUCGGUGGAGCGACAACUUAUUGCGCGUGGACGGGGAACUCUUGUAGUAUGUCCCGUCUUCCGAAGUCGUUGUCGUAUGGGGCGCCCCUUAAUAGGCCUUGCUGCAUGACGCCGUACCCGGAAUGCUGUCGACGGGCUACCUUGCGGCCUUCGCGAAGUGUUCCCGAGGGGUUAGCCCGCCGUGGGGUCUGGAGCCGCAAUGGCUCAUGUCGGGCGUCUUGCCACCGCCGUGAACAUCAUUUAAUAGAACAAAUCACCACUUCUGUUUAA